AUGGAAGCGUUAAAGGCAGAAAUAGCAAGAAAAAGAAAACUCUUAGAAGAGAAAAACCUUUUGGGUACGGAUAAAAAGUAUUUUAAAAGGGGCGAGUUGAUAGCCAAAGAACAGGAAGAUUAUAUGCAAAAGUAUUCUACUGCUAAUGAAGAAGCAGAUAAAACCACACAAUCUAAUAAAGAUUCCUCGUUGGAUUCUGAUGUACAAACCAGCAAUUUAUCUAUGAAAGAGGUUAUAUCAAGGUUAAGAGACAGAGGCGAACCUAUUGUUUUAUUUGGGGAAACUGAAUUGGACACAUUCAAGAGAUUAAGACGAUAUGAGUUAUUGGAACCAGAAACAAAUAAGGGCUUUCGUAAUGAUUUUCAAGAAGCAAUGGAACAGGUUGAUCAAGCCUAUUUGGAUGAAUUAUUGGAGGCGUCUCAUAACACUAAAAACGAGGCCAAAACUACUAGUAAAAAGGAAGAUGUAACAAUUGGUUAUGAAGAAAUUCGUGAAAUGGCUAAAAAAAUGGGAAAAGGCAACAGAGAACAUGAUAUGACAGUCAUUGUGCAUUUUAUACAGUUAAUAAUUAAGUUAUGGACUGAGCAGCUUCAGAACAGAUCAUCAGAAGAAAAAUCAGGUACACGAGGAAAAUUGACGGGUGCAACUCAUAAACAAACUCAAGACUAUUUAAAACCACUUUUAAGAAAACUCAAAACUUUCACGCUUCCCGAGGAUAUUUCAGACAGUUUAACAGAGAUUGUUGUGCACUUAUUGAACAGAAAUUAUUUAAAAGCGAGUGACGCGUAUUUACAAAUGGCCAUAGGAAACGCGCCAUGGCCCAUUGGGGUGACCAUGGUGGGUAUCCACGCCCGUACAGGAAGAGAGAAGAUUUUUUCGAAAAAUGUCGCCCAUGUAAUGAACGACGAAACUCAAAGGAAAUACAUACAAGGGUUAAAGCGACUUAUGACAAAAUGUCAGGAGUAUUUUCCAACAGAUCCUUCCAGGUGUGUGGAGUAUCAACCUCCACCUAAACCUGACCCUGCCAACACUUAA